UAACCAUUGUAUGAAUUAAAAAAGAAUUAGUAUCAUUGUGUUUACUUUCUAUGUUUUAGUAAUUUGUAUUAUUGAAUUUAUAGUAAUGUCUAUUACUUAAUAGUUGAAUUUCAAAUCGGAAAACCAAUUCAUAAUACUAUAUUUUUACUUAGUAAAUGACUUUUUAAUAAGUAGCAAACAUUUUAAUGAUGGACUUAUUGGACUGCCACAUCGUAAACGCAGCAGCAACUUGAGUUAUUCUUAUGUUGGUCAUUUGAAUUCAGUAUUUCACCCAAAAUCAUGUCUCAACAAAGUGAACAUUUAGACUUUUCUGGGUUGUUUAAACUAGAUGUUCUUGUACAUCUUGACAUUGUAAACCACACUUUUUAUGAGGUUGGCCUAAAGAAAUUCAUAGCUCUAUCAAGUGAUAAAGAACUAAUGUUUUUGUAUAUUAAUCCACAAUGGGAGAGGUUUGAUAAUGUGUUUGACUGGGACUUUGUUGAUAAUCCAGUUUACUGUAUGUGUUUUGAUCCUAGUGGUACAUGGGUUUUAAUAGUUAGUGAUCAGAAAGUGUUACUUGUACCAUUUCUUCCUCUUUUUAUACCACAAAAUACAUUUGAUCAUAAGUGGUCUUUAUCAAGUGUAACAGUGCUGCCCCUUGGUGACAUUGUGCAGCCCACAUCUGUGGUUUGGUGGAUCACUAAAGAAUCCGAGAAUAUAAUAAUCAUUGGAUCAAAGACAGGUACUAUUUCAUUUUACUCAUUAGAAUCUCAAAAAAUCAUUGCGGAAACUAAAGUAAAUGGACAAAUUAAUGACCUGCAAAUGUGUUUUGAUGAUUCAUUGGAUUUAUUAGCUCUUUUGAUAUCAAAAGGACCCAUACAGCAGUGGAAGUUGGUUUUAGAACACAGAUCUUUUGGAUACAACUGGAUUACGCAGAUUAGAGCACAGAACGACAAAGAUAAGAAAGAAGGUUUCAUGUCAUAUAUCAGACAGUUGUCUAAAGAUAAAAUAACUCUAUUUAUUCAGGGAGGAUCUAAAGAUGAAAGCAGACAAGCUGUAGAAUAUGUAUUAAAACCAACCGAGUAUCUACCUAUAUUUAGGAAAGGAUCUAACAAUUGGGCUUUAACUGCUCAAUAUGUUCUUGGUCGUCAUUAUUUAACAGCUUUUGAGCUAAAUGAAGGUACAAUUAUUCUGGAAAGUCCUGGAGAGGAUUCAGCUUCAAGAACAUUAAGGCCUAAAAUAAAGAAAGAUGGACAGUAUAUUCAAGGAUUGUGGUCACAACGGCUGUUAUAUUUGGUACGAAAGAAUGAACUUGAAGUUCACAGUGCUAACUUUUCAGUGAUCCAGGGUGAAGCACUCCUGGGAACAAAACGAGAUUUCUCUGAACUUUGGACGGCGGAGAUGAUUGGUGAUGUUCAAAAAGCUUAUUUGAUGUGCGCAAAAGGGCCAUCGACAACAGACGCAGGGUGGCGGGAACCCACGUUUAUGAGUGAUUUGCAGCUACCAAGAUUUGUAGUGGAGCCGUGUCUUGUAAUUACCUCAUGUGGAGCAUAUAUAUUGAAUACAGUUUGCGAGCCAUGCGAAUGGCUGGUUGGUCUUAUAAUGCGUGGCGGGGUCGGCGCGGAACUGUCUGCUGCGGCACUGGGAGCACCAGUGCCCAUUCUGCUGAGAGCGGCCGCUGAUAUGCUCAUGGCUAAAGGGAAGAUCGCCCCGGCACAAUAUCUCUAUUCAUUAUCGCAGAGUCAACCAGAUGGUUGGAUAGCAAGGUUGGGAGUGUUCGGUCGAAUACACGAGCUGUCCAUGUUUAAACAGGAUGUUAAUUCUGGAAAUUUUGGCAACGCCGCCGUCACAGCUAAGUUGCUUGCUCUAUUGCUCAAGAUACGAACUAAUAGUGAGGAGAAGUUUGAAGUGGAUGUGAAAUUUACCAACUUGGGAACUGCUGAACUUCUAGAACUGACUACAGUGGCCGCAGCUAUAGGUCUGUGGGAGUUAGUUCCUGUCUUCAGCAUACACAGAGGCUACCCUCACCUAUUUCUAACCGCAUUGAAGGCCAGGAAAGAUAUUUGUCGAGGAGCGAUAAUGUGUCUGCUUAACCAACCGUGCGUGUUACCAAUUCUUCUAGAAGAAAAUGGUCAAUGGUUAUUUGACUUUAUAACUGAAAAGUGCAACCAGUUUGACACUAUAAUUUUGAAGAGGCUUUGUUUAUGGCUGAAUCCACUUCAAAAUCAAUUACGGCCUGUAGUGCGGGAUUUAAAACAGGGUAUAACAUCUAUCUAUGCAACUAGAAUGCUUCAACAAAUAUCGACAUUUAUGCACGUCGUGUGUGCUACUGAGGCGCGAAUACCAUGUCCAGAGCUACAAACAGAGAUGAAGGAACAAUCGGAGAUGUGGAAGUAUCAUUUUCUGCCGCGGCGGGCUUUGUCCUGCGGCUUGAGCCAUUGGGCAGUGGCGGAGGAGGGGAACGCGAAAAUAAUGAUCGCAGAUACAGCAGUCAAUACAGAGCUGAUUGGGAGCGUGGUAGAUGUGGCGUGUGGGAGACACCACACAUUGCUGUUGACUGAAAAUGGGAUAUACAGCGCGGGUGACAACACAUACGGCCAGCUGGGAGUGGGCUCCAUGUGGGCGGGGGGUGUGGGCGACACUGCGAGCGCCGGUGGCGCCCUCGCGCACGUGCGGGCGGACUGGACAUCGCCGGUGACGGCCGUGGCGGCCGGACACUAUCACUCCGCCGCGAUAGACCUGGGGGGACGGCUCUACACUUGGGGAUGGGGAGUUCAUGGCCAACUAUGUUUGGGUACCAUUCUUGAUCAUUCUACACCACAACUGGUUACAAAGUUCCAAGGAAGAAAAGUGCUGAGCGUGAGUUGCGGCGCGUGUCACACGGUGGUGCUGACCGUGAGCGGCCAGCUGUGGGCCAGCGGCGCCGGCGUGUUCGGCCAGCUGGGCGGCGCCGGCCGCGACAAGAGCUCGCGGGCCGUGCGGGUGGCGCUGCCCGACCCCGUCCAAGCCAUCGCCGCGGGCUACUUCCACAAUUUGGCGCUAACUACAAAGGGUCAGUUGUGGUGUUGGGGCGCCAGUCCGCAGCAGGUGCGGGCGACACAUGCUCGCAGGACCACACCCACCUUCACUUCAGACCAAGUGGCGCCGACAGCAUCCGCCACGAGUUCUGACUCGCAUCUCGUACCGCAACUAGUUGAUAUACACAAUGUUAAGGGAAAAAUUGUUCAGGUGUCAGCGGGGUGGCAUCAUUCAUGCAUCAUUGAUAGCACGGGCACUGUUUACACUUGGGGGUUGAAUUUCGAUGGACAGUUGGGCAGCGGCGACAGGAAGCAAGUACAAAUCCCAACUGAGGUUCAAAUUCUUGAGGGUCCGUCAGACGUGAAGGAGAACACAAGUGACUGUGAUGAUGGGUAUGGCGGAGUGGUAGCGUGUGGGGGAGACUUCACCGUGUACAUCCGUCGCGACGGGAGGAUAUACGCCACGGGGAAUAUGCACCAACAGCUUAACAACGAAGUAGAAAAAAGCAUUAAUCGAAUGAUUAUGAUGAAAACAACGAAGCGUGUAAUAAAAAUACCCGCCAGUCGAAGCAACAACAAGUUCAUAUUCCAACAAGUCGACAGGAUUCAUAUCAUGUUCCCCUUUGACAUUGAUGGACUGGAAAGAAAGUCAAUCGAACCAAUAAAAAAUCCCUUAGCAAAAAUGUCUGACUUUAAACGUAAUUCAUGGGCCGAUGAAUUAAUUAUUCUUCUAAAGCCUUGGAUCAAUGAAGAUAUGUUGCUUGGAAACUCCAACAUGGCUGCCAAAUUCGCGUACCACAACAAUAACUUUUCUGAUUGUCUUAAAUAUCUUUUAGAUAAUUUGAAACGCGAGUAUGCUAUCGAUCGUAUUUAUCUCACCCAUCCCGAUGAUAUAGAAAAUGCAAGCAUUUUAACUAAACAAGAUGAAACUAAGAUCAUCAUUAGAAAUGCUAUAUCGAAACGGAUUAAAGAUAUUUCGAUGAAGAUUUUAAAUGAAGAGCCUUACGCAGCCAUCGAGCCUUCAGUAUAUAAAUCAUUGCCGUGUUGCUGUGACGAAUUGAAAUAUUCAACAAAACUAACAUCCAAGUUAACUCACAAUACUGAUAAAAAUCUCUCAUUACAAGCCGCUCACCUUAUAGAUAAAGCCAUGGGCUUGUUUCCAGUCGAUGCCAAGCUAUGGGAAACAUGCUUUAAAAUAUGUAAAGAUUUUUAUUUAGAAAAUGAUUUGUGCAUUGAAGAUUUGGAAGUAGUUAUGUGCAAAUUCAUGGAAAAUAAUGCUUCGACCAUGGCAUCGGCCAUUAUGUAUUCUAAGGAUUGUGCCCAGUACGCAGAGAUAUUGACGCCUAAGUUCUAUCUGAAUAUGUGUAAUGAAAUAUUGGAUACAUGGGGAUGAACUUCUUGUAUAUAUGUCUCAUUAUGAGACUAUUAAUAUGUCAGUAUGGGCAUUGGGAAAUGUUUUAUUUAUGACAAUAAGCGACGAAACGAGCAGGACGUUCAACUGAUGGUAAUACGCCCUGCACAUUACAAUGCAGAGCCGCUCAGAAUUCUCGAAAAAUACUAAAAUUCUGAGCGGCGUUAGAAUUGCGCUCGUCACCUUGAGACAUAAGAUGUUAAGUCUUAUUUGACCAUUAAUUUCACUAGAUACGACGCCCUUUAGACCGAAGCACAAUAAUGGUUAUAGAUACAUUACUGCUUCACUGUAGAAAAAGGCGUCGUUGUGGUACCCAUAAUCUAGCUGGCAUCCUGUGCAAUGGAGCCUCAAAUGUAUGUAUUAGGUAUAUUAUGUACUUAACGAUGUACUUGCCAUAAAAAAAUAAUUAUGGAGGUAGUUACAAAUAUUUUUAUUAAGGUUGUUUUGCAAAGUUUGAUAUUUUAUUCGCUCUCUUAGUUAAAACUAAUAUUAGCAGUGCUGUUUUAUUACUAAUAUUAGGCUUAUAACAUUAUAUUUUCAUAUACAACGAACUUACUUGCCAUUAGCUUUGUAUUCCAAAAAUUCAAAUAAUAUUUAAAUAUUAGCUUAUAUGACUAUUUUUGUUAUUAUUAUAUAACAAAUAUAUAUAAUAGAUACCUAUAUAUAUGUUAAUAAUCUUCUUCAUAUAUUAAUGUAAACGGUUCACUUUUAUUAUAUGCUCUUUAGUUGCAAGUUUUACAAAUAUUAAAAGUAAAUUACUUCAUUUUUUUUAAUGUAGAUGAAGCCUAAACUUAAUCAACAAACCUAUUUUACACCUUCUACAUAAUGAAAUAAAAAAGUUUACCACAUUUUAUACUUUUGUCUGUUGUGAUAAUUUCUUUACUAUUAUUAAAACAAUGAUUGUUAUUUUUAUUGUUUUAAAUGAAUUAUGCCUAAAUAUUGCAAUCUUAAUAAUCUUUUCUCAUAAAUAUUAUUGUGUCAAUUUUUUAUGUUUCCAGUGUCUAGUCAAAUGUUAUAUCUUAGUUAUGUUGUUAUUUGCUACCACGUUUUGUAUUAUGUAGGCGUACGUUUUACUUAAAUGUCUUAAAUCAAGUUUCAACCGGUUUUUGUUGGAUCUGAAAUUUGUUAGAAGUAGUAAUUAAGACAAUGCGGUUUUCAGUGUACCUUGACACUUAGUCGUUUCUGACGAAACUGAAAUUUGAUAAAAUUUUGAUUGUACUUGCAAGAGUUUAGUGAAUUACCAUAGUUUUAAUUGCACUCAGAAAGUUUCCAGUUGCUAAUACUAAUGUUUUGUUAUAAAUAAUAUUGUUUGUUCUUGUUUCUAUUUGCAGCAGUUUCAUAAACAUUGAGUAUACAUAAAAAUAAAUAUCUUGUCAAAAUAAAUUAAUAAUUUUACAAUAUCAUAUUUUGACUAUUCAGUACAUAAAGAAGUAUUUAUGAAAUCCUCAUAAUCAAUAUCACUUAGCUGCCUAUUUAUAUUUUAUCUAAAUGUAUCCAGUUCUAUAAUCUGAAAUAAUACUGUAUUUAAAGUAUUUUCAUAUUAAUCCAUAUACCUCAUAUCUCACUAAAUAUAAUGGCAGCUUAAUGAAUGUAUAACGCAUUAGUUAAUAAGGCACCUUCGUUGUUCUUACCGAAGUAUUACUACUAUAUGUACUAGCGUGGGCAAUUAUUACUAAAAUCGAAUAAGUCAAUAUAAAAGUCUCUUCUUAUCGUAUAACUGCGUACGGCAGGCAACAAUGACUACAGCUGAGAUCAAUAGAGCAUACUUAGACUUUGCUGAGAAAAUUCUGACGUAAAACUUAGCCGAGUGUAAGCUUAGCAUAAUCUUUGAUUUCGGUUUUAUAGUUAUUUGACAGCUGAGUUUAUAAUGAGCUUGAGCUAAGACAUCCCAAUGCAAUAGUCAAGUUCGUAUUUUAUCACACUCAGCUAAGUUUUACGUAAGUAAAGUCUAAGUAUCGCUCUAUAGAUCUCAGCCUCGAAGUAAUUACGGCGAUGCAGUGUGCGUAGUACAGUAAGUAAUUUGGUAUUUGAAUAAUUAUGGAGAGGAACUACUAAAUUGAUAAUCGAAUGCGCAAUUGCACAAUCUUCGAAUGUCGAUUUUUUUUUGUAACAAUUACCCAUUGCUAAAAAUGUACCUCUAAGAGCGCUUUAGCACUACGUUCGAUCCGAAUCUGUGGAAACACGGUCCGAAGUAGUCGUAGAACUAUUUCUAACGGUUGACGGAAAAGAAAUCGUAUGACGAUGCCGGAUCUACUGCAUAAACUACAAUAGAAUUAGAUCGGAUUCGGAUCGGACGUUGUGCGAAAGCGCUAUAACUGGUUGACAAACAAAUAUACCUCAGAUGCCUAUUGAUUUGAAUUUGACGUUUUAUUUAUAGGUUUAGUAUAAUCUGUUAACAUAAUUAUUAUUAUCUUGGAACAACGAAAUCAUGACACAUUGAAAUAAAUUGCUUAUGCAUUAUAGUUUGAGAGUGACACAAACUAAAUUUUAACGUUACAUUAUAGUUUGAGAGUGAGACAAACUAAAUUUUAACGUUACAUUAUAGUUUGAGAGUGACACAAACUAAAUUUUAACGUUACAUUAUAGUUUGAGAGUGACACAAACUAAAUUUUAACGUUACAUUAUAGUUUGAGAGUGACACAAACAAAAUUUUAACGUUACAUUAUAGUUUGAGAGUGACACAAACUAAAUUUUAACGUUAAAUUAUAGUUUGAGAGUGAGACAAACUAAAUUUUAACGUUACAUUAUAGUUUGAGAGUGACACAAACUAAAUUUUAACGUUACAUUAUAGUUUGAGAGUGACACAAACUAAAUUUUAACGUUACAUUAUAGUUUGAGAGUGACACAAACUAAAUUUUAACGUUACAUUAUAGUUUGAGAGUGACACAAACUAAAUUUUAACGUUACAUUAUAGUUUGAGAGUGACACAAACUAAAUUUUAACGUUACAUUAUAGUUUGAGAGUGACACAAACUAAAUUUUAACGUUACAUUAUAGUUUGAGAGUGACACAAACUAAAUUUUAACGUUACAUUAUAGUUUGAGAGUGACACAAACUAAAUUUUAACGUUACAUUAUAGUUUGAGAGUGACACAAACUAAAUUUUAACGUUACAUUAUAGUUUGAGAGUGACACAAACUAAAUUUUAACGUUAUAUUAUAGUUUGAGAGUGACACAAACUAAAUUUUAACGUUACAUUAUAGUUUGAGAGUGACACAAACUAAAUGUUAACGUUACAUUAUAGUUUGAGAGUUACACAAACUAAAUUUUAACGUUACAUUAUAGUUUGAGAGUUACACAAACUAAAUUUUAACUUUAUUGUGGAGAUUUAACAAGAACUUCCGCAGAAUAUUGAUGAACAUACCACUAGCUCACCCUUUAUUUGAUUAAAACUAGGUUUUCUUUAGACAUGGUAUUACAUUAACGUUUGUCAACCAUUGAUUAACUGAUACUUAAAACAAUGUAUGUGAUUUCCAUUUUCAAUAUAUUCCGUCUAAAACUUUUGUGUUUUUGUGCCUACUAAUAGUCGAUAAAUAAAACUAUAUGUGACUGA